AUGCUGGUGAAUGCCAAUCAGAUUGCUGACCAACGAGACAAGUGCAAACAACUGUCCACAGAGAUGGCCAACAACUCCAAGCAACUCACACAGGCCACCGAGGUCUCCAAGUCAUUAAUGAUUGAUCCUGAUGAGGAGUAUGACAUGGAUUCAAGGAUAAACAGGUCCAAGCCUGUGUUGGAAUCAAGUCUGAAUGAUGUUCAUGACUUGUACGAGAAGGCCAAGAACUUGGAGGAUUCUGUACAGAUACUAAGACGAUCAAACAAGAAGACAACGUAUCUGGACUAUGUCGUCAAGAUAUUCGUUGUUGGAUGGUUGUCGGCAGUGUUGUCCUUCAUCUCUGGCAAGUGGUCAGGACAAACUCGCAAUGAGUCGUUGGCACGAACAAAGAAGUGCGAUGGCAACAACACCACUAUCACAUCAUCAUCAAUGUCCAAGACACAUGCACUUAAUGAUGAUGGUCAGGAAGACGAGUUUAGUCGGAUGGAGAUGCAACAGAAACAACAUCUACAUCAACUACAGUCGUCGUCAAAGGUCGACCCCAAGAUUAUCAACAAUGCUCACAAUCUAGAUGGACCAGCCAGUAGUGCCAGCAUGAAUGGCCUCAGACCAACACUAGUGUCUGGCGAGCAGAAGAAGAAUGACUUGAUGAAGGUGGCCUUGUCCAACCUCGAGGCUAUGAGUCGAACCAUAUCAAUGCUCCGCGAGAAUGACGAGUCCAGCAAUCAAGACGACAACACUAUAGACAAUUGA